AUGUAUACUACCACUAGUCAGAUUGAGGGUACUGAUGUAAGUUCAAAAGUAUCGUGGGACACUACAGUCGAACCGAGAAAUUAUGAUCAAAUUUAUCAUUAUGUUUUGGAAGUGUUACAAGGAUGUUCAAACAUGGUCGACGCUUUUGAACGUGAAUAUUAUCAACAAUCUGUAUCAGAAACACUAUCAUCUCUCACCAAUAAUACAUCUCAACAACAACAACAAAAAUCAGUAGCAACACUCAUAUCCUGGUCAAAACCGCUCAAUGAUUUAAGAAAGGCUAGCUACAUAUCAGAAAUUCGAAAUGGAAAACUCAUUCGAGAUUUAUUAAAGGAUAUUAGAACGAGUGUAAUUACUAAUACGGUGUCAGAUGAAGGCGUUAUACUCAUAAAAAGAAUUCUCGAUUGUACAACUGACAUAUUAUACUCGAAAAUACCAAUAUUAGCUCAAAAAAUGGACGAAAUAACAAAUCUAAUGAAUCAAUAUUUUCUCAGUUUCUAUCAGAACGACAAUAGUCAAGAUAACACGGAUAAGAAGAAGAAAAAGAAGAAGCCAGAUGCUCAUGUCGAAACAGCAUUUACAUACGAAAAAUCUCGGCAACAGCAUGUAUCACAAGUUAAUCGAUCAAUGAAAUUAUUACGUGAAAUGUCUGAACGUGUAGAAGAAUCAAAAGGCAUCGUUUUAUCUCAAUUAUCAAAAGAAUGCCAAGAAUUAGCCGUGAGAUGUGACUGUGAUAAAUUACCAUACAUACUCGCUUUACCAGAAUGUUUUAUUGAAGCCAGACGAGCUAUUGCCGAACUUCACACAUGGAUACAAGAUGAUCAAAAAUAUAAUCAAUUUGUUCUAAUGUCAAUGAAAACAUUGGGAGAAAAACAGAUAGAAGCAAAAAAACAUUAUCUACAUGCAAAAUCAAACAUGAGUCAUUGUGAACAUAGAGCUGACUCCUAUCGUUUACAAAUAUCAAAAUUAGAUGAAGAAAUGAAUAAUGGACAAGCUAAACGUAUAAGUUUAGAACUACGGUUGGCCGAUAAAGAACGACUUUACGUAUCAAAACGUUUAACCUAUGAAGUUUAUCAAGAACAAUGUGAAAAAAUGCUCAAAUAUCCGGAUCAAUAUGCUGAAACAAAACUAUCACUUGAAAAAUUUCAACAAGAAAUAAAACAAUUUGAAAAGGAACUACCCAAAUUACAACAGGUAAUUAAUACAAUAAAAUCACGUCUCAACCAUUUUGAAGAACAAAAACAAGUUAUUGAACAAAUGAGAAUUCAUUUAAAAGAAUUAGAUGCUGAAGUUCAACUGGCAUUAGAAGAUAAAAUAUUAAAAGAAAAUGAAUUCACUAGAAUCGAAAAAUCUCUUCAUUUAAUGAAACAAAUUCAUCGAUUCAGAUCGUCGAAUGAUCUUGUACAGAAAAUAUAUCAUGCUCUACCUGUAAAACCAAAACGUACCAAAGCAGAUCAAAACGGAGAAAUCUUAGAUGAUGAUGAUGUAUCCAAAGCACUGCGAUUAGUUUCAAAACAUAUCGGUCGAGAUUGGAAUCGUUUAUAUUGGCAGUUACCAUUUUAUCCGCCAAGAGGAAAUGAAGAAAAAUCAAAUGAUAUUAAACAUAUCGAUCAUAAAUAUCAUAGAGGAGAUGUAUUUCAUGAUCAAGCAAUUGAUUGUUUAACAAAAUGGCGUCGUUAUCAUACUCGUUCAAAAGUGGAAGAUAUUGUCACAGCAUUAUCAAAAAUUCGUCGAUACGAUUUAGUUCAAUUGAUUGAUAAACGUAUUUUAAAACCAAGACGUCAAGUUUAUGAUGAUGUUGAAGAAAUAGAUCCACGUAAAAAAGAAAUUGAUGAUUUAAAUAAGAAAUUAAAUAAACUUUUUGAUAAAAUAAAAACUGGUCAAAUUCAAACAUAUGAAACAUAUGUCUACUCGUCAAUUGGAUUGGAUAAAGUCAACCCGUAUGACUUGGAAAUUUCUAAUCGACCAACGCGAAUAGAUUAUACUCGUGCGGAUGUUCGUGAAGAAUGA